UCCGUCCCCGGCCUCUGACCGUUCUGCCACUCCCGUUCGGAUCGAGGAACAUGAUGUUCUUCUCAAGGCCUCCGUAGACAUGGUUCUGGGGUACGCUGAUGGCCCCAAUGACGCUAAUGCCAUCAUUUCUCCUGUCCCACAACUCGGGGGCUUAGGCCGACAGACAAUGCCGGGAAUACUCAACAUUUUCAAUGCAAACGAAGACGUCCGAUCACAGUGGCAAAAGCUGAGACGUGGCUCUGCAAAACUGAAAUUCAGGCAAAGAGGUCGCAUUGCGGACAUAGUUAUUGAUUACUUUCAAACUAUGAACAUCGAAUUGAACCGCCAACGCUGCAAGCUCCUUGCCGAGGAGAUCGUGACACGACUCGAGCACGAGGAAAGUAAAGAUUGGACUAAUAAAGGCGGAGUCAUUUACGAACGGAUGCGAACUCGGAAACGUACCAUCAUAAGGAAGAAAGAAAGGAUGGAAACAUAACAAAUAUGUUAAUUUAUCGAUGUGAAGUUUCUUUUAGUAAUUUUUAUUUCCUUUUUGAAGUUUCC